UGCCUGUCUCCACCCACAAAACUAAUAGCUGCAAGGUGUUGAGAGUAGCGUAGUUUUAAGUUAUAUUUAAUAGUUUCUUUUAUUGACUUCAUUAGAAUGAAGAACACAUACGAUUGGGAACUUGGGCCACAAUUGAUGUUUCCUAACCCAACAGAUCCAUAACUUUCCAAAAUGCCACUGUCAUUCCAAACGACGCAAAAAGUUUCACCCUAGGACCUGAAAUGCCCGGUGAAUGCAGCAGCUGCGGAGAGACGAUAGCCGGCGUCUGCUACAAGUGCAUCGAGUGCGUCGAUUACAUGAUCUGCUCCACGUGCGAGGCGGACGGCGUCCUCCACACCGGCCACAACCUGCUCAGACUCGCGGCUGCGAUCACUCCGUUCUCCCACUCCGUGUCGGGAAACGUUCACAGAGGCGUCCAAUGCGACUCCUGCGGCGGCCGGUUGCGCGGCAGCCGCUACAAAUGCCUCCAAUGCCCUGACUUCGACCUUUGCCCCGAGUGCGAGGCGACGGGGACCGAGCACGCGCAGCACGUCUUCAUGAGGCUCCCGUCGCGGGUGUCCGCCUCCCCCUUUUCGCACAGCCGGGAUGGCAUGACCGGCAAGUCUUCCGUGAGACCGUUCCCAACAGACGCAGCGCAUCCAGGCGUUUCGUGCGAUUCCUGCGGCCAGCGACUGCGAGGGAGACGCUUCAAGUGCCUCGCGUGUCCCGACUUCGACCUCUGCAGCGACUGCGAGCAGUCGGGGGGGCAGCAUCUCCAUCAUCCGAUGAUUCGCUUCGCCAGGCCGGGCGGCCUCUGCCUUCCUGCCGUCGCCGUCCUUCCAGACGGCCUGCACGAAAAAAUAAUCUGCAACCAAUGCCGAGGAACCGUGCGAGGACACCGCUACAAAUGCCUCCAGUGCAAGGACUACGACCUCUGCAUGGGAUGCGAGGCGUCUUCCAAGCACCUCCACCACCGCAUGCUCAGGCUGCCUCCCGCGCGUACUCGAGUACUGAAUCCCAUCCACGCAGGCUCCGCUCCAACAGCGGCGGCGAGGGAAUUCGUUUGCCGCACCUGCCGCGAAACGCCGAGCGACGCGCCGCGAUUCGUCUGCCUCCAGUGCACGGCCCCCACGUACGAGCACUGCGCCAUCUGCGAGCGGCGGAUGCUGCACAAGGAUCACGCGAUGCUUCGGUCGACCGGGUUCGCGGUCGGCUUCGGGUCGGGCAAGUCUUCCCUUUGGCAUCUGGGGGAAAAAAAAAAUUCCAAUUGGUCCUCAGGCUCUAUUAUUAGUCUCCGCUUUUUGACGGCAGACGCGCGCUGCGAUGAAUGCGGAAGCGCCGGCGUCCGGUACAGAUGCCUCGCUUGCUCGGAUUACAGUCUCUGUCCGACCUGCGAGGAGGGGAAGCCGCACAGCAAUCACCCCAUGCUUAGACUGCCGAUGAGGAAACUUUCCAACGACGUCAGCUUCGAACCUUCCGCAACUUUCGAGCACGGCAGCAUCCGCUGCACCGCGUGCCACAACCCGAUCACCGGCUUCCGCUACCAGUGCGUGGACUGCCUGAAGAAUCUGUGCGAGAAAUGCGAGGAAGCAGACACCAUCCAUCCGGAACACUCCCUGCUUCGAUUCCCAUCUUUUGUCAGAGAUUGGAGUGUGUCGUGGUACUGUGACGUCUGCAAGAAGAAGCAAUACCGAGGAGCACGAUACAAAUGCCUGGCGUGCCCGGACUUCGACCUCUGCUCUUCGUGCGCUGCCGGACAGAAUCACACCAGUCAUCCGAUGCUUCGCCUCCCAUUCUCUCACGUAUGCAAACAGCUUCUCCGACUGGCACGAUUGAGGGGCUCGCCUGAUACGCUAGCAACGAUUCGACUUCCGCCUCCUCCAUUGCAAAAAGCCAACACAUAUGAAGGAUCAAACCCCAAGAAUACGACUGCUCCAACGGCAUUUUCAUCCGGAGCCUCCGAAAAGGCAGAUGAAGGCGAUGACGGAAACCUGUGCAAGCUGUGCCUGGAGGAUGAGUUGAACUGCGCGUUCGUCGACUGCGGCCACAUGGUCGCCUGCCUCCCUUGCGCGCAGAAGGUUCGGAAUUGUCCCAUCUGCCGGAAGGUCAUCACAAGCCGGAUCCGUAUCUACAAAGCGUGA